CCUACUUCUUAGGCAUUUGACUAUGAAUGACAGCUAUAGUGUUAGCAAAGCCGUUAGCGGACUGCUAUCAUCAGUCAAAUGUCCAGUGCAUCAGCUCAUGUGCAGGAUUAACGAGCUUUACAACGUCCAAAAAAGGAUGCGAUUGCUGAUGGUUUAGUUAAGUAUUUCGAACAAAGAGAAGAGGACAACGAAGAGAAAGUUAUCUUUUCAGAGAUUGUUCUUUGAAAUUAAGUUGUUGGCCUCCUUGGAACUCUCCCGUGAUGCCUGAGGUUCGGGAGCUUUCAGACGCGCUGCCGGAGAUGCCCAUGGAUCCCAUCACUGGUGUAGGGGUGGUGGCCUCCAGGAACAGGGCGCCAACAGGAUAUGAUGUGGUUUCCCAGACAACAGAUGGUCUGGAUGCUGACCUUUGGAAAGACGGUCUCUUCAAAUCCAAGGUGACGCGCUACCUCUGCUUUACCAGAGUCUUCUCCAAAGAAAAUAGUCAUUUAGGAAAUGUGCUGGUGGAUAUGAAGCUUAUCGACAUUAAAGAUACCCUGCCUGUAGGGUUCAUUCCUAUACAGGAGACUGUGGAUACACAGGAGCAGGCCUUCCGGAAGAGGAGGCUGUGUAUCAAGUUUAUCCCUCGGGACUCCACAGAGGCAGCCAUCUGUGAUAUUCGGAUUAUGGGGAGGUCCAAGCAAGCCCCACCACAAUACACUUUCAUAGGAGAGCUGAACAACAUGGGGAUCUGGUAUCGCAUGGGUAAGGUCCCACGGGCCCAGGACUGCCAGCAGACUCCGACCACCAACAACAUCCAGAACAUCAACUCAACAGCAAACUCAGUCCCAACGGCUCCAAUGCCCAAGCAUAUAUCUAUGACCCUACCUGCCAGUUUCAGAGGAAAGAAUACAACCAGACCAGACUACGAGCACCAGAACUCCAACCUGUAUGCCAUAUCAGCAAUGGAUGGAGUACCUUUCAUGAUUUCUGAGAAGUUUUCAUGUGCCUCCAGCGAUCUGCAGCAAGUCGAUUUGAUGGGUAUCACAAUCAAGUCCUUGGCAGAAAUCGAGAAAGAGUAUGAGUACAGUUUCCGUACAGAGCACAGCGCUGCGGCCCGACUGCCCCCUAGUCCUACACGGACCUCCCUGGGCUCCGAGGCCUGAGACCCUCCACCCUGCUCCUCCAUCACCUCAUCCCCCAACCCCCACCCCUACCACCCGACGAGCCAGGAGGAGCGAUUCACAAACUACUGAGAACCAGCCCCGCGUUUCGCUAAAAGAGAAAUGGAAGAAAUGUGUUCCCUUGUCGGUCCUCCUGCCGCACUCUUCUCCCUCUUCUACACUGUCAAGAGUACAGUUAUAGGCCCUCUCAAUGGAUAGUCAGUUUCCCUACGCAACAAGAGCAAGAAAAAACGAAAAACCUUUUAGCCAUUUUGGGGGGGGGGGGGGGGGGGGGGGGGGGGGGGGGGGGGGGGGGGAGUUGUGGUCGGUCUUUUCUGUUUUUACGUUUCUGUGCUGCUGAUUUUGAAAAGGAGGGAACCACUACGAUACAAAGGAACAAAACUUUUUGAAAGGAAACGGAAGAAAGAAAAUGGAGGGGGAGUUUGGCCCAAUCAGCUCCUGUGUGUGGUGAGCAGCUCCAGGAACACAACUGGAAUCACAGCCAAUCUGGAGAGAUGCAGUAUCCAGCCUUGUAGUGUAUGAGUGAUACACGAGUACCAGUCAAACAGCAAGGCGUAUUUGACACGUUCACUCCCUCCCCAUCUCCAAUAGGAACUCUGAAAAGUCCUACACCCUAUGUGGCACCCAUUCACACUUGGGGGGAGGGGGGGGGGUCCGUCAGAACUGUGAUCAAACAACAUAUACCUGGCAAAAUGAUGAGGUUUGCAAACGUGCUGGUCUCUCUUUCUGCCUUUUUGGAAGCAUGGAAUUUGGAUUCUUCCUGAAUAAAAGCAGCUUGACCAGAUGUCAUUGGAAUUACAUACAGUUCAACCAAGCUAACAUGUAUGUAAAAGAAAGAAAGACAAAGGGGUUGUGACAAAAUUAUUUUUAGAUUGUUCACCGAUAAUCUUGUGGCUAUGAGAGUUGUUUGGUUCUCAUUCUUUUCGUUUUGUUUUCUUUGGGUGUUUUUAAUUAUGCCGUUUCGGUGUUUUUGCUGUUGUCUGUGGCCAUUCUGUCAACCACUCUAUAUAUUAUUUCUUUCUGGUCUGAGCCACUCAUUGGGUUGAAAACAGAAUCACUUGUACUGUUCAGAGCUAAGCAUAUCAUUUCAAAUAUGUGAAGUGUACUUGUUUUAGUUUUCUCUGUUCAUCUCAAAUCAGUUGAACAAAACUCAGAAUAGGGGGAACUCAAAUAUUUGGUUUACUCACAGGUCAAAUCUAUUCUUCUCCCAUGUUUUUAAAAGUCUUGCCAGUGCAAACUUGUGAUAUUGCUGUAUAACACACCACUACAUGAAUUAAGUACUUUUAUGCACCAAUAGAUUUUACUGUUACAUUAACUUUUUUCACAGUGUCUUAUCAUAGUUCCUUUUAUGAGUAUUGUUAUAUUCAAGGCUGUAUUUUGUACUUCUCACAAAAUUCAUUUUAUAUUUUAGAACACAGCUUUGUUUUAACAAGCAAUUUACCAGGCUAAGGGUGUCCAUUCUUGCAACAAGGUCUGAAGGUUGCAAUCGGAAAUGUGGCAGUUUUUUUAGGAAAUAAAAUGUUUUAUUGUGUUCUAAGUACCUCUAUACUGUCUGUAUUCAAACAGGAUAAUAUGGUAUUUUGCUACAGCAAGAACUAAUCUUAUGUUGACUCCUUGGGUAACAAUGCAACGUUUUAUUAAUUUGAGAUUGUAUAGGUCUUCCACUAGUUAACACAUAAUUUGUAUAGAUACCUCGAAAUACAUUAAAUAGAUAUCCAAUGUUCCACUUAUUCAACAUCGGUGGACAUACACUUUUAUGCCAGUAUUCUCCCAACACUGCCUCUACUCUCUC